AUUUUUUUUUGUGCGUGUGUUGAUAAUUUAUAAUUUUUAUUUCGUUGUGCAAACAGAAUGGGUCUUUUAUUUUCUAAACUAUGGAGUUUAUUUGGUAAUGAAGAACAUAAGAUUGUAAUGGUUGGCUUAGACAAUGCAGGUAAAACGACAAUCUUAUAUCAAUUCUUAAUGAAUGAAGUCGUUCACACGAGUCCAACAAUUGGAUCCAAUGUGGAGGAAGUCGUUUGGAAGAAUAUACAUUUUAUAAUGUGGGAUUUAGGUGGUCAGCAAUCAUUACGGGCAGCUUGGAGUACAUACUAUACGAAUACAGAAUUUGUAAUAUUAGUGAUCGAUUCAACGGAUCGAGAACGUUUAACAGUUACCAGAGAAGAAUUGUAUCGUAUGUUAGCGCAUGAAGAAUUAUCAAAAGCUAGUGUUUUAAUUUAUGCAAAUAAACAAGAUUUAAAAGGUUCCAUGACAGCCGCUGAAAUAUCCAGACAGUUGGAUUUAACAUCGAUUAAACAACAACAAUGGCAUAUACAAUCGUGUUGUGCCCUGACGGGUGAAGGAUUAUAUCAAGGCUUGGAAUGGAUAGUGAGUCGAUUAAAGCGGAAAUGACGUUGUUUGAUAUUUAUUAAUAAUAAUAAUUACUUUCAAUUUAGAAAAUUAUUUUUAUUCAUAAAAAUGAAAGAAAUUUUUGAAUUUAUAAAAAAAAAAC